UGAACUCUCCAGUGUUCCCUUUGUGAACAUCCUCAUGUUAGGGUGCUCAUUUCAUUUCUCUACUCUGCACAAAAUUGUUUAGAAUUCAUGUAUGUGCAUAUUUAUCUUAUUUCCUGGAGUAUUUUUAAACAAAUCCUAGUCUGUUUAUCAUUUUACCAUAAAUACUUAAAAAUGUAUUUCUGACACAUUUCCAUGCCUGAUAUAUUUAGCAGCAAUUCUUUUAUACCCACAGGCAUUAUUUUUCAAAACUAGAAAAUAGAUAAAACCAUAAGUAGGUAUAAAUAUUAAAGAACAGAUUUCUAAUAGUGUUUUCCUUUUUAGGUUACAAACUAAAUUCUUUGCCACUGUCCUAUGAAGUAUAAUUCAGGAAAUACUCAUCACUAGGAAAAACCAGAAGUGUGAAUAUCUUUGGCUGGGACAGUAACUUUAGUUGCUUUUUUAAAUUUAGUUUGAGUGAAUAAUAGGUAGCUUUUCCUUUUGCUAUUCUGAAGCUUUGGAUUCCAUGUACUGUUUGGAUUUCAGCACAUGGAUGAGUAUAGUGGUUGUCAGGCAGGGCUCUUGUCAUUUGGAUUUGGAUUUGAGUGGCAGGAACAUGUGACUGCUGUGCAGAGUUAUUUUUGGUGUGUGGGUGUUGACUUCUCAGAAACCAUAGCAAGAUAGUGUGAGAUGCACUUGUAGAGGCUCAGAAAAGGACAAGCUUCGUAAUGUGAGUUUUUGAACUUUCAAACAUGGGUUGUUGCUUCAGCAAGGAAUUAAGUAGCGAUGAUGACAAUGAGAAAAUUGAUCUGUUACAAAAAUCUGUGGAGAAGAAGGAACCGAAGAAUAAGAUAAGUAAAACUUUAUCUUCAUUAUUUGAUACCCUUGAAGGUGAGGAGCUUUACAAUGUUGAAAAUGGAGUCAGCAGAGCAGCUGCUGAUAUUAAUAAGUGGACUAGAAUUUUUACAGGGUCUGGCCACAGACACGAACAUAGAACAAAGCAGUCAGUAAACUCUAUUUCCUCUUCGAUAUAUAAGUUCUUAACUAGAUAUGAAAAUUUAGAUGAGAGUGGUGAGAGCUCAGAUACUGUUAUUGAACAGAAUACUGAGAGUGUCUCUGACUCAUUGUGCAUGAGUAAUGACAGAUAUGGUUGUUCCAUAAAUGACCAGCUUCACUCACAUGUGCAGCUGCCUUCUGACCAGGGCCUGCAAGAGGAAACUUUUGUAAGUGACUGUCUGUGCUGUUCCCCUGCCACUUGUAAAAAAUCUUUAGUAGAGAAAGAAAGAAUACUAAAUGUUCAAAUCUGUAGUUUCAAUGACAAUAAUUUUUUAGAUAUUUUGGAUAGGAGGAUGCAAGAUGGAAAUCCUAUUUGUAUUGGUGACAAACAGUGUAAGAAUUGCAGAGAGAGUGAGUUUUAUAGUAUUUGUGUUAUAGAUCCUGACUGUCUGAACAUGGAAGAGGAGAUAUGCACUCCCAUGUAUAGAACAGCUGCAGGAGACGAAUGUCAUUCAGCUGUUGCCUCUGAAGGGAUUCACAGAGUGAAUUGGCAUCUAGAUAGCAGGAAAGAAUGUUCAGUCUUGUAUGCUACACAAUGGAUAGGAGAGUUAAAGUUAGAGCAGGAAGAUGUGUCACCCCUGGGUGUGCAGGGUCCAAAUGAAGUAAAGAAUAUAUUUAAUAAGGAAACUAAGCCUAGUUUUGAGCUUUUGGUAGACAAUGAUCCAUCAUAUGAAGCAAAUACUGAUAACCUGCAGCCUGAGUCUUUGAAGGCAGAACCUUAUACCAUAUUUCCUAAAGAUUACACAGAAAGUAGUACAUUAUGUAAUAUUGGCUUACUCCCUGAAUUAAAUAUUAACAUAGAUAGUGACUCACUAAAAUGCAUGUGCACCAUUCCCAAAGAGAGAGAGAGCCUAACUUCAGAAAUAGGAGGUCAGAUGGAUGAUUCAUCUGUUAAUUUACUUAAUGACACUUCAUAUGUUGAAGAGAAUGAUGAACCUGAGGCUAUAACAGUUAGUGUCAAUCAGAAUUUAAACUCUAAAAAGGAAGCAGAAAAUAACUCUGUAAAUCCACUAAAAGACAGUGAUUAUUUUCAUGCCAGUAUUAGCAGCUCAGAUAGUAUCCUUUCCUUUGGUCGAGAUAGAAUUAAUUUAAGUCCCAAAAGGUUUAUCACUUCAGAAAGCUUUGGAAGUGAAUAUCUCUCAGUUCAUGCUAAUUUCAGAGAAGGGGCCCCAGGAAGACUUGAUGGCAGCCUUGAUCUCAUGCCAUUGCCAGGACUCACGCUGAGGAAGAACCAGCACCAACGGAAGACCAACCUAGACCCCAGAAAUCUCCAGGUGGAAAAUACAGGAAAGCUGUCAUUGCAGUCUGAAAAUAGCUUUUCUUACGAAGAUGAGGAUAGAAUUAGUGAUUUGGAGGCUGACGGUCAUGGCAAGAGGGCUUCUGAGAUGAAAUCUUUGUGUCUAUCAGAUCUAUAUGCAGGUAGAAGGGUAGACAAGACUCAGAUACAGACAUGUGAUUUAACUUGCGUGGAGUGUGAAUCAGACACAGAAGGAACAAUCCAAAGCAUAGACAUCCCAAAAGCUGUAAUUUCACAAAGAAUGCUUCCAAAUAAUGAAUCUCAUGAUCCCUCCAGAUCUCUUCAGGAUACCUUUUUGUCCUCUGCAUUUAUUUUCAGUUGUUCUGAUAAAGAAGAAAGGGAAACAGGCCUGCAUGAUAAAACAGAAGAUGAAAUAUGUGUGAAGAGUUCAGUCAGUAUAUUACAUGACCAGCUGAGUGGUCUUCACAGAUUAGAAUAUGCUGAACAAGAGUCAAAAAAUACUAAUUAUGGAGAGACCAGUAAAGAACAUACAGAAAAUGUCAAGUCAGAUUCUAAAACAACCUUUGACCAGGAAACAGAUGAACUAAAAUGUGAGGCAUUGCCUAGUGAGGAUGCACCGACUUGUAUUAGUUCUACUACAACAGAAUAUCGUGAUUCUAAAGCUAAGCAAAUACGAACUAAUUUUGAAACCCAUAAAGUGAAUGACUACAAAGAUAAAGAUCUUAAUAUUGUGCCACCUUUAAGUCAGAGUUCAAAUUCAGUUAUACAGAAGCCAGAAGCAGUACAGAAGAAUGCUACUGAUAGUGAUGAAAGCGCAAAACUGAAACAAAUUUGCUGUAUCUCAGCUAAAGAAGUUUCUGAUUCCUUUAAUGAUAAUGUAUCAGAGUUGAUUAAGUCAAAAGUAACGUGUAAAGAAGAGAAAGAGGGACUUUAUUUGGUGAAAGACAAUAUUGAUACUGACAUAAUUGACUGCUUAGAUCCAUGUGGGACAAAUGGACCUGCAUAUUAUUUCAAAGAAAGAAAUACCAAGUCCAUAGCUAAAGAAUGUAAUUUAAAUGCUGAAAUACAUAUUAUGGGAAUUGAUGUUGAUCCCACCCAAGUGAAUACACAUCAGGUAAUUCCUACUGUCUCAGUUAACAGCAAGGAAAUUGUAAUGCCAAGUAGUGACCAUGUUUUAUCACUCACACAUCUCUUCAAUAUGUCUGAAAAUUCCCCAAAAGUAGAUUGGCAGAGUUUCCCAGAGGAAUUCUACUCCCAUUUUUUGAAUGAAUUUUCUUAUUAUCCAAUGGAAGGAGUAACAAGACAGAUAUUUUCUGGAAGACUGGCAAAUGGAUGUGGUGGAUAUCAAAUGGGCUAUCUCUGGACUAAUACAGUCACAAAAGAUGCAAUAGAAGAUGAACAGAUACUUAGUGAGGGUCUACACAAUAAACCACUGGACUUAGACAGUGCUUCAUUUUCAUUGGAACAGCCCCCUUAUCAGCUACCAGUGAAAGAGGACGGUGUGGUUUGGGGAUUGGAAAGUAGAGGUGGACAGUUAGUACCAACUACUAAGGUUUCAGAGCUUAACCCUAAUGCAAAAGUAUGGGAGACUCAUAUGUUACAUUUAGAGGCAAGUAAUGCAGCUGUUGGUGUGAGUGCCACAUGGGAAGAGGCCCCUGGCUCUCGAGCAGACUGCAGCCCACAGGGAUUAGAUGCCAAUGGCGAUGGUGACAAAAGUCAAGAGAAUGCAGCAUUCUCAGAUGUACAGGAGGAGUCAGACCAGACGGACAUGAACACCCUGGCUCUGGACCACUCUGAAUAUGAAUCGCUGCCUGAAAAUAGUGAAGCAGGAGGAAAUGAAUCUCAGCCAGAAAGCCAGGAAGACCCCCGGGAAGUACUUAAAAAAACAUUGGAGUUCUGCUUAUCUAGGGAGAAUCUUGCUAGUGACAUGUAUCUUAUAUCACAGAUGGAUAGUGAUCAGUAUGUGCCAAUUACAACUGUAGCUAACCUUGACCAUAUCAAGAAACUCAGUACUGAUGUGGAUUUGAUUGUUGAAGUGCUAAGAUCUUUACCUUUAGUCCAAGUGGAUGAGAAAGGAGAAAAAGUAAGGCCAAAUCAAAAUCGUUGCAUAGUAAUAUUGCGUGAAAUAUCUGAAUCUACCCCUGUGGAAGAAGUAGAAGCACUAUUUAAAGGAGAUAAUUUACCGAAAUUCAUAAACUGUGAAUUUGCCUAUAAUGAUAAUUGGUUUAUUACAUUUGAAACAGAAGCUGAUGCACAGCAGGCUUACAAAUACCUGCGAGAAGAAGUCAAAACUUUUCAAGGAAAGCCAAUUAAGGCACGGAUAAAAGCAAAGGCAAUAGCUAUAAACACAUUUUUGCCAAAGAAUGGAUUUAGACCUCUGGACAUGAACCUUUAUACACAACAGCGUUACACAACAUCGUUUUAUUUACCUCCAGUAUACAGUCCCCAGCAGCAGUUUCCUCUGUACAGCCUGAUUACCCCCCAGACGUGGUCAGCAACGCAUAGCUAUCUUGAUCCACCCUUGGUAACUCCAUUUCCAAAUACUGGAUUUAUAAAUGGGUUUACAUCUCCAACUUUCAAACCUGCAACAUCUCCUUUGGCUUCACUCAGACAGUAUCCUCCUAGAAGCAGGAAUCCUAGUAAGUCUCAUCUGCGCCAUGCGAUUCCUAGUGCAGAGAGAGGACCUGGGCUGCUAGAAAGUCCUUCAAUAUUUAACUUCACUGCAGAUCGAUUAAUUAAUGGUGUCCGGAGCACACAGACAAGGCAAACAGGGCAAAGUAGAACACGAAUACAAAACGCUUCAGCUUAUGCCAAGAGAGAUAUUGGAACUGGGCGUGUGGAGCCAAGUAGUCUUGAAUCUUCUCCUGGUUUAGGGAGAGGAAGGAAAAAUUCCUUUGGCUAUCGGAAGAAAAGAGAAGAGAAGUUUGCAAACAGCCAGACUCAGUCUCCAACGCCACCAAAGCCUCCAUCACCAAGCUUCGAACUGGGGCUGUCCAGCUUCCCCCCAUUACCUGGGGCUGCAGGGAAUUUGAAGACAGAAGAUUUGUUUGAAAACAGGCUUUCUAGCUUGAUACUAGGACCGUCAAAAGAAAGAAGCCUCAAUGCAGAUGCAAGUACGAACAGUAUUUCUGCAGUGGCUCCAAGAGAGUCUUCAGUGCCGGCUUCCUGUGCUGUAUCAGCAACAUAUGAACGAUCCCCUUCCCCAGCCCAUGUACCCGAGGACCCUAAGGUGGUAGAAAAACAGAGGGAAACCCAUAGUGUCGACAGACUCCCUUCUGCCAUUACUUCAACCACAUGUAAAUCGGUGCAGGUGAAUGGAGCUACCACGGAAUUACGAAAGCCCAGCUAUGCAGAGAUUUGUCAGAGAACAAGUAAAGAGCCUCCUUCCUCCCCAUUGCAACCACAAAAGGAACAAAAGCCAAACACUCUUAGUUGUGGGAAGGAGGAAAAGAAGCUUGCUGAGCCGGUGGAGAGAUACAGGGAGCCCCCUACCCUCAAGUCCACUCCUGGAGCCCCCAAAGACCAGAGGAAGCAGCCUGGGCGCCGACCCUCACCCCCAGCUGUUGGGAAGCGUCUCAUCAGAGAACAGAACACUCCCCCAAAGUCUCCUCAGUGAAAACUGUAUGCCUGGGAGGGUCAUGAAGAGCUGUAUUAACCACAGAAAAACUCUUCCCACUCAGUACAAGAAUGAGUCGCUGGUUAGGAGCUUGCAGUGUUUGAGGCCCAUGGGAUGCCUGCAAGUUAUUUUUCUGUAAGUCAGAUUGUCCCCCCUCUUGAGAAAAAUCUAUUUUUCAGGAUUUAAUUAAUAUAAACCUUACUUUAGGUUGGUGCUUAACUGGAGGUGAUGCAUAAGUCUGAUUUUUUUUCCAGAUAGAAAAUGCAUUUAUCUUAACAAAUUGAUAUUUUUUAUUAAGCCUCCAUGUGGCUCUGAAUGCAAGCUACACAUAGUUUUUCUAAAUUAAAGGAACUAUGCUACAUCUUUUUUUUUUUUUUUUAGUAACUGGUCUGCAAGUGCAUAUCUGCAGCUAUCCCAACAGUUGGAUGAAGGCUGAUGGUGCUGACAGAGCAGCCUCAGCCUUGUAGAGGAAGAGGCUGGCAGUGUCAGGGCACCAACACACUGGCAUGAGAGCUAUGUUCUCAUAUAAGCCUUUAGUAGGGCUUUUGUAUAAAUGGUCAUUUUUUGAUCCUGGUAGAAUGAACCUGUGGAGAGCAUCCUAGGAAGAUCAAAUACCUUUGAGUUUUGAUGUACUGCAAGCAAGUAACCAGCUUCUCACUUCAGUUUCAAGAGGCUAUUAUGUAAAAUAAAUUCAAAGCACAUUGUGAAUAGAACAUAAAUGAAAAUAUAAACUUUGUUGCCCACUGACAUUUUACCACAAAGUUAAACUACAACGUUACAAUGUUAUUUCAAUCCCUGCAAGCAGGAUACCUGGCUCCCACCCUAGUGUGCCUGCUUCUGGCACAUUUCUACCCAUGUCCUCCCACCCCUACCCCAUCCCGUCACUCUCAGAGAGAGUCCACAUCUUAGUCAGCUCCAUGUGGAGUCUUCCUGUACCUCUGCAUCAGCACAUGGAUUGAAAAGUAUGCAGCCAUAAGAGAAUGGUGUUUGUGGUUUUUCUCCCUCUUUGGCUGGUGGAGGACAGAAAUUCCUGCUCUUUUUACCUCUAAGACGAGGGUCUCAUUGAGUCACUUCUAGAAGUGCUAUGCUUCUGAAGAAAAGGAUGCACUAAAGUUAGCAAGUUUAUAAUAAAGUUACAUAUAAAUUAUUUUGUUUUAAAAUGCCUAAAAUUUUUCUUUUUAAGUAUUCUAAGUAGCAGACAUGAAAGUAUUUCCUGCUAAAUAUAACCAUAUAGUUUAUUCCACAAAAUGUUAUUUAACAAGACUGAGGGUUUUUUUUAAAAAAAUUAUUUCCAUCCAAUAUUUAAAGACUUGAAUUUUAUUUAAACUUGAAAAUGACUUUGCCUUAACUUUUGUAUAAGACAGCUUAGAGCUCAUGGAGACUGGCCCCUGGGUUGGCAGGAGUGGAUCAGAGUUACUCAGUUACCGUGUGGAUCUCUUGACGUUAGUUUUGCUGAGUAAGCAUACUGUAGUGCAAGAACUAGCAGUAGUUUUUGUAAUAUACUUAAAGAUCUUCAACAGUUGAUCUUUUUUCAGAUUGUUGAAAAAUCCUGUAAAUGCAAAUAGUCAAUACUGUAUUAAAUAUGUGCACUUGGGAGUGUGCUUUGCCUGUACAUUUGUAAAUAAUCAGAACAUAUUAAAAGGUACCCUACAGAGAAAAAUCUGAUAAAAAUUAUUGAUAUAUUAUAAAUGUUGCUGUUGAGCUGGAUGUAGAUAAACUAAAUGUUGUGGUUUGAAUAUUUUAAUUUGUUGAGGUUUUUUUUUUUUUUUCUCUUUCUCAUACUGGUAUGUUGAACUGAUUCUGCCUCUGCUGCAAAAGGGAAAUGGAAAGUCUUAUUAAAAGCCUUUAGAUGUUUUCAUACUUUAAAAAAACAUAUAAAUAUGUACUAAUCAUACCUAAUGUGAAAGGGUUUUGAAGCAUUAUACAAAAAGCAGAAACUGGCAGGAUCUUAAAGUGAAAGUAAAAAAAAAAAUCAUCUGCUAAUUAAAGCCACAUGCCUCUAAGUGAUUUAACCUGCCAGAGGAAAUCAUACAUGCCAGAUAUAUUUGACCAUUUCCAUUAGAGCAGUUAUCAUAUUCAAAUAUACAAAAAUUUACAUAAUGCUAAUAUGGUUUGAAUGCCUCUUAAAAGAGCAUGGGAAUUAAUUUCUUUAUAAUUGUCAGAUUGAGAAAUAAGAAGUAAUUGAUUUCUUAAACUCACAGAUACUGUAAAAGCUGGAAGGGCAAGCUCUGAGACCCAGGGUCCUUCAGGGCACAUUUCUGCUAGAGGAGGGGCCAGGGCACUAUCAGCCUUUCUCAUCUCCAAGUCACAGUGCCACAAGGUGAAUCCUUGGUUUUUAAUAACAAACAAUCCUUUCCCUAAGGUGAGAGCAUUGUAGGUGAGGUGUGUGCGGUUAGAGCCAGCUGUAGAUGCUCACUUUGUUGACCAAAAGUGUCAAGCUCAGCAGCUGCACACAAGAGAGCAGGUGGGCACGUGGAGUACCAGUCAUCAUGGGAGGUGCUGUUCUGGGGCCCUGCUGCCAUCUGGACAAGGUCAAUACACUGUAGUUACUGCUUAGCUAGUGACAGUCUGCCAGCAAGAGCUGAAACCUUGCUCAGAUGUGGUUUUUAAAGCACUCUUUUUAAUUAAGCAAAGAUGAUAUGCCAGAAUGCUAUAGGCAAUGUCAAAACCAACAAAAAAAUUAUUAAUUACUUUGAGAUUUUCCACUCAGAAAAAAAUGGGAGUUAUCACAAUAGGAAGCUGUGAGGGCGCAUGCAGACUGUUGCUGUGUCACAUAUAGCUAAUGACGUGUGGCUUUCCUACUUUUUUUUAAAAAGAAAGUCUACUCAUUCCUUCCUUUCAGCAGUAUCUCAAUUUAUCAGUUUAGAGAUACAGCAGUCACAAGUGACAUUUUUAACUUGUAAAAUUGUGUGAUAAUACUUAUUUGGAAAUAUAGGAAUAAGAAUCUGGCCCAUGUCACCAGACAUGAAUUUGAGUAGUUGCUCUCUAAGAGUUGGUGUCAUGAUGUGUCUGAUCAGUCCCUCCUGUCACUGCAUCACUGGUUGCCACUACUGGGUGGCCAAAAAAAAAAAAAAAAAAAAAAGUCUUACAUUGCUGUAUUAGUCAGGAUUUCUGCAGUUUACAUUUUAAAACUGGUUCAGUGUAUCACAGCAGUUGACUAGUGGUGCAUACCUGUCUUCGUGUCCCCUUCAUUGAGCUGUAGUGGGUUUUGUGUGCUCUGUAGCCUGUUACACGGAAAGCAGCAGACAAUCGAAGAUUUGAGGAGCACUAGCCGCUGCCAAGUCACAGAGUAGGAGUGUAAUAUGGAAGCGUUUUUGAGGGGUUUUGUUUUUGUUUUCAUUAAGACUGGAAUCAAGCUUACAUGUAAACUAUUGGUAAUUUAAGUUUCCUUUUGUGUCAUUCAGUGUAAAACUGUCUAAUUUGAAAAAAAUGUAGGUUAUGAAAAAUAAAGAUUUAGGCACUGUUCGGUUUUUCUUUUGAUUUUUUUAAUUAAAAUUUUCUUCAAGAAUGUCUCUCUUUUUUAAAUGAUUUUUUUUGUCCAUUUCCAUCCGUGUGCUUGAGAAAAAUACAUGGGUGUGUCCACACUGAGUUGUAAAGGGUUCCCAUGCCCACAUGUAAAUUGACUACAACCUAAGGAUUUUACUCCUUGUUUGUUAAGGUGUACAGAGUGAGCAUUAUAAUCAGGUGUUCAUGGAAACCAUCAGCCCAGAAGUACUACAAAAAUAUCCCUGGGUCAAGAUUCUUAAUUCUUUCAUAAAAUGGCAAUGCCUGUGUUACCAUGUCUCCAUCAGAGUUGAUGAUGUUGCUGUGGUUUUCAGAUCAUAAACAAGUCACAUCUCACCAAAAAAAAAAAAAAAAAUUGACUGACUUAUAAGAAGUGGUGAUGCCAGCACAUGCAAAAUGCUACAGAUAGGUGAGACUUCAUAGUAUGUUCUUAAUGUAGUGGACAAAGAGCUUGAUACAGAUGUUUUUUCUUCUGUGAACUGCCUUUUGCAUGUAUGUUUCCCAUUUUUGUACUGGAUUACCUUUUUUUUAUUGAUAAUUUAUCUUCUGAGUUUUAGUCCUUCGUUAUAUAUUACAGAUAUUUUCUCUCAACCUACCAAUUGUCAGCUUUAUUUAUGGUAGUAUCUUUUAUAGUUUUUAAUAUGUAGUAAAACUUACCAAUCUCUUUAUGAUUUGAGUCUUGGUCUCGUUUAAGAAGUGUAGAUGGUAUUUUAAAUCCAGCUGGAAUUUUGAUUGUAUAUGUGUGUGUAAACCUGAGGUAGGAAUCCAGUUUCACCUUUUGCCGUAAGAAAAGUUUAUUCCACUAUCACUAGUUUGUUAUUUCUCUGCUGUCAGUAAUAACAUUCUUGUUACUUAAGUGUAACCACCGCCUGUGUGCCUGGGUCUUUGUCUGGGAGCUUUACUCUUUCGUGGCUAUACUUAGUUUCUGUACGUAUUGACGUCACAGUGUUUAAUUCACUGAUCAUUCUGCAUUUCUUGGUAGAAUUCAUGGUUGUGAUAAAUGUGUUCCAUGAGUUAUGCCCAGGUGAAACACCGUCACAACUCCUGUCCUUAAUACACUGGCUUCAGUACCAUACAUGCUCAAUAAAUUUUUUUAGUACAGUA